ACCAAAACCAAAGAAAAAAACGAGUUGCAGAAAUUCCAAAAAUACCACAGACAUAGAUACGACAGAUACUGUGAUUUUCGUGUUUUUAGAAAAUAGGCACUGAAAUACUCGAAAUUUGAUAUCUUCCACCAUUCGCAAUGUUCAGACCGAUAUGCACUAUAGGUCAUAGAAUCUCGCUAGAGAGGGCAUCCAAGGAAUUUGUCAGAAAUAAAGUGGUCCAUCCCGCUUCUAUCCUGAAACCGGCUGAAAAGUUAAAAUUAUACAAUAAAGAGAAUAAAGAUUUGUUCGGGCCGUUAUUGGAAACGAGCAAGCAAAGGAAACAGCGCUUACGGAAGUCAGCUAAAAAUACCGAAGACACACAUCAAAACAGUGCGCGAUCGAGCAAAGUUGCGGACGGUGCAGCGAAAUUCUUGGAAAGUUCAGUGAAAGCUGACGGAAAUGCGAGUUUGAUCAAUCCUGCUCUGCCAGUCGACAUUUUUGCAAGGAAAAUGUGGCAGAAUACAAGGACUUGUGUGAACUUUGUGGGUGUUCUGUUGAACCCUGCAGUUAGAGGGAUCAAGACUUUAGCACCAUGCAGUGCAGCUCGGAGCUCCGCUGCACAACCAGGGUAUUCUAAUGAAGAUAAGAUCCUGCAGAUAAAGUCGUUGCAGAAUGCCACAGCCCAGCAGUACCCUUCCGUUACACUUAUUUUGAAUAAGACUAUGACAGAGGAUUCGAGGAAGGCCUUAGACAAAUGGAAGCAAGAGAGGAUAGCUGAAAUGGGAGUGGAAGAAUUCAAAAGAUUUUAUGAAGCACAAAUGGCAGUUGGCACGAAAUUCCAUAGCACGUUGAAGAAUUACUUCAUGCAGCCGCGAGCCCAACUACAGUUAGAGAAGGAAGUGGAAGGUGUGUGGUCUUCAGUAGGAGAAGUCCUCAAGAACAUAUCGUCACCGAAAGCCAUAGAAUCCAAUGUUGUUCACCCAGUAUUGAAGUACAGAGGAAUAUUCGAUGCUAUUGCUGAUUAUGAAGAUAAACCGACCCUAAUAGAAUGGAAGAAAUCGGACAAACCGCGCAAAUCGAUAACUCUGACCUACGACAACCCAGUUCAGCUUGCAGCUUAUUUCGGAGCUGUCUGCAACGACCCUAAUUACAAGCACUUCAAUGUUAGAGACGCUCUCCUGGUCAUAGCGUAUACUGACGGCUCCAAGGCAGAUGUAUACCACCUGUCAACCGACAAACUAAGGGAACACUGGGCCCAAUGGCUGAUACGACUCGAAGAAUACAUGGAGAAAUACGGCACGCAUUCAGAGAAGACUUUGAAAGGCGGCAAAAGGCUGUUCGAAGAAGAUAUUGGGAAUAUCCAGUAAAAUAAUCAAAGGAUAUUAACAAUCUAUCCAAAAGGGACGAAACUCGAACAAAAAUAAAGAAAUCACACGGCAGAAUGUAAGUGACAUCUGAUUGGUGAGAAAGUCUAGAAUAUUGGAAUUAUCACCGGCCCCCACGCCACGGUGCACGCUGUCGAGUUCGACGCGAUAUGUCGCGGACCAAUAUACGCAGCAUGUGCUGUCUACUUAGAUAAACAUGCAGCGGGGGUUGAAGUUGAUUUUUUUUCGACUGUAAAAAUAAAGUUGUUGGCUAGCAUUUACCCAUGAAUGUUAUUUAAACAUGCUUAAGAGUUAACAAGUGUUUUGCUAUGAGGAUAGACCUUUGCAAUUACAAUUUUUUCCAAAGUUCUCUUUGUGCAGACGAAUUUAGUAACUACCCGACCGCGGCGAGGCAAAAAGGAGGGUUAUGUGUUUGUUGCAUAAGCAUUUAUUAAAAGAAAUUUAUUCUCCUUAAACAUUGUCUUGUAUGUUGAAAUGAAAAUCAAUUAAAAUUAUAGAAAAAGAUGUUGCUUGGAUAAUUAUUUUUUAAUUGUGAAUCAUUGCAUUUUUAUUACAACUAUCGACACGAAUGAUAUUUUAAUAAUGGUGCCUAUUAGGGCGCACACAAACUUAAACUAAUUUUGAAUUGACAGCUUUUAAGCUAGUGCCGUCCUUCACUAACAAUAGGUACAAGAAAGAGAUAAAACUAUUUUUAGUCCUGUAAAAUUAAGUUGGUGAUUGCCAGAAUCAGAUACCUUAGAUGGUCAAUAACUUUGUUAAAAAAAAGUUUGUACAGUGCACUUUGGAAAGAUUUAUUUAUACAUUUAUUGUUACAAACAUUAAUAAUAUGACGUGUGAUGUUUGAAAUAUUCAUGGUUAAUGCUAGCCUUAACAAUUUCUUAUAAACAAAAAUAUAGUUCUAAUUAUGUAAAUUGGCUAAGACUAGACAUUUCUAACUCGGAUAAGGUGUCACAAAGACUGGUUAGUUGUUGUUUGUUAUUUAUGUACUCUAAAACAUCACUCACUACCCAUUCGAGUCAAUAUGACACUUUUCUGAAAAAAUAAAAUAAUACCGGGUUUUUAUCGGGUUAAAAUCAGGGACAGGAGUCUCCGAUGUUAGCGCGGUAAAAACCCGGUAAGUAUUGUGUUGUAAUUAUUAUAAUUACCGCUUACACCUCAAACAAUGUGUAAGGGUUAUAUGCCUCAGUGUAUCAGGAAAAAUGACAGGGGCCUUAACGGCUAAACAGUAACCCUGGGAUCAGGGUUGUGGAUCGAUUGACUUCACAACCCAUACGAGAAAAGAAGAAUCCAAAUGGUUCGUGUAAUAUUACAUAUAUGGUCCUGCUCGCCAGUUAUGCCACUUGAACUUGUCUUGACGCGCUACCGUGUGUCUAGAUCUGAAAAAGGGAUAGCGGAAAUCUCCCACAGACUCUGAUACAAAAUAACAUGACAAUGGUCGGGGCUGUUUGACACAGAAAACUCAUAAUUUUGGGACAAAAUUACACAAGGGCAUAGAAUAAAGGAUAAUAUUACGCGUCAAUUCGCAUCGGGCACCGACCUUGCCCCUCUGGAUCUUUGUUUUUAAAUGGCCGUUAGCCACUAAGGAGUAAGGAGAGCAUGUGGACUGUACUUCCGUCUCGCUCGCACCGCGUAAGGCUGCGCACUGUUAGAAUGAGAUUUUUGUACGGAGUGUCCAGGAUGUGACUAGUUAUACUAGUUAUAAAGCAAGUAUCAAGUUGACUCGAACGAGUAGUAUAUCUAUAAUGUCACUUAGUGAAAACCACACCUUCAAAUGUGAUCUUUGUUAACGAAACCCGAACAAGGUAUUUUCAAUCCAAGUAAAAAAUUGUGGUAUGAAUUUUUACCCGAAUUCAUAGUAAUUGGAAGAAAUCGAGGAAGAAAGAAAUUUGUAUGUAGGUAUGUCUACCUAUCUACAGUAUGAUAUACUGCAUGUCUCCUUGUCUCGAGAUAAGCUUACCUGUAUUGUCUGUUUUCUUUGUAUGUUCUAUUGUGUACAAAUAAGAAAAAUCACAUCAGCGGGCCUAGCACCGUAACACGCGACUCUUUCUCGCCGCGACAGAGAUCGUCUGUCUCUUUCUGUGCAGUACUGUAAGAGAGUGACGGGUGACGUAUGUCCAGGCGAGAAAGAGUCACGCGCUUACGGUGCUAAGCAACAGAAUAUGAUUUUUCAAAAAGGCGCUUACCUGGUUUUCGCUAUGAGGGGAUUUGUUAAAAUCAUCACUUGUUGUCUAUUAUACAAGUAUGUAAAACACUUAAGGAUUGGAACCCUAAGGUCAUAGAGUAGACUUGACUAUGUCUAAUUAUUUAAUAUGCAACUAUAUUCUUUAUGGUCGUAAGUUAAGUCCAAAAGCCAUUUCAAAUCAAAAUCGCAUUGUUUAACUAUUAUGUCUAGAAAUUUGGGCCUUACGAGGUAAUUCUUAAAUCUUAAUUUGUAAUAGUUUAUAUGGUACAUUUUAGGUUUACUAUAUUACUCUGUAAUAGACUUGAAUUGGCUAGUUAUUACACUAUUAAUAAUAUGUGCUAAUUAAGAGAUAUGUACAAUACACCAGAAACAAUUUAUUAGGGUUAUUUAUGUUAUUGAAAAGCUUCUAGAAAGUACUUUGAGGUAAUGAAUUCAAAAGACACACACCUUAAUAAUACCAGCUAACAUUAAUUAUCUAACAAUACCGUACGCUCAUGUCCAAGAAUAAUGUGUAAGUAUACCUACUUAAGACCCUAUCGCAUUAACAUAUUUGUUUGACGUUUAGCGAGAGUGUUUCAAUUCGCCAAACAAAGUAAUGGGACAUGGUUCUAAAGUUUACAUUAAUAUUGUUAGACAUGACCGUGCAUUGUUCUUUUUUAAAGUAGUUUAUCUAAUUUAAUAUUAAAGCCAAAUAACAUUAAAUACUAGUCAAUGUAUAUUUUGCCGUAGUAGAAUUCCUAAAUUCAGCACAGAUUCAACAUUGAGUAUCAAACACUGUCGAAUGAAACUCAUUUCUUGGAAUAAAAUAAUUAAUUACGAUUAUAUUCAAAAAUAGAACAAGAAAAAAUAUAUUUUUAAAUAUUCAAAGGUUACAUUGGAACAGUAGCAUUUAUUUCCAAUUCAUACUGUACCUUAUGCUCUUGCAACAAGGAUUCUAAUCCUAUCACUACAUUGUUUAAGAUUUUUUGCUUGUUAAAUUAUAAGCACUUGUUGAUUUGAUAAUUUCUUUUUUUAAUAGUUAGGAACUUUUCCAUUUAGUUUUUAUAUUUUAUUAUUUUAUAAAAGUGUUGUAAAUAGGUUUUUUGAUGGGCUUCGAUUGUAAAACUAUUAUACUUGGUUAUUUUGAUUUCUUGAAGGUUGAUGCCCUUCAAAAAUUUACAUAAAAGCUUUUCUUACUGUAAUCUCCUAGAUUAAUCCUGUAAGGUUUUAUUAAGUUUGUAUCGUUAGGAUUGUCUUGUACCUAAUAAAUAUUUAGAAUUAUU